UGACUCAAAGGGGCGUGUACUGGCCGCCAUUGUUGUUUAUAAAUUGAGCGAUGUUCUAGCACUUCUAGCCAGCAACGAAAACAACGACGAAGAUUCGAGUCGGUCACAAAUUAACUUGAAAUUAAAAACAAUAACAAAGAAGGCUGUGGUGUCGUCCUUUGCGGGAACGUCAUAGAAAGGAGACAAUUCCCUCGUCUCAGCCGAGCGCGUUUUUUCUAGGCCUGUUAUGAAAAUGGAUGCGCUCCCUCGAGAUCCGCAAGCUGUUGAUGCUCCUUUCGGCGUCAAACAGGACAAUUUCUUCAACAACCUGUUUAGCACAAUUCGACGCUUGGAGAUAUUCGCCGAUUGCUUCUUGGUACUGAGAAAUAACGAAAUAGUCCUCUCAAACUAUUUCAUUAUGUCGGCCCUGAGCGGCGUGCUGAAUUCGAUGCCCAAAAUGCACAGAGCCGGUUUGUACUUGGUGCUCCGAGAUGUGGAGCCCUGGGCCGUCAAGUGGCUUCUCGAAUACUUCUCCAAGGGCCAGUUGAUGAUGCCCAUUAACGGUUUCGAGAGCAUUAACAAGAUUAUGGCCACCCUCGAUAUCGAUCUUUUAGGAAACUUCUUUCAAUCUGACGAGCUUAUCCACUUUUCAAUGAGCCAAGAGCACAAAUGUGACAUUUUGAGUAAAAUUUGGGCCUCCAGGCACAAAAACUUUGACCUGAAAAUCAUCACAAAGGACAACCAUGAAGUUUUCGCCCACUGGGCCGUGUUGGCUGCUUCCAGCGACCAGCUUUGUGAUCUCUUUCAAGCUCCUGUGUCUGCGAGACCGCGUUUGAUCGUCCUGCUGGAAUUCGAAGCGGCCGAUGUGGAACUGCUUCUAAAAUUCUGCUACAAGGGUGAAGUGCAGAUUCCGCACUUUCAGGCCAUGAACGUGUGCAAACUGGCCAAAAUAUUCGGCAUCAAAGGUUUGUAUGACACGGUAACCCUGCUUGGCUACCACCUCGACAAACCGCCAGUCACCAAGCAAGGAACAACGCGGCUCACCUCUUACGAGCACAAUGACACGGCCAAAAGACUGCUUUUUAAAUCCCUUUUUGACCGAGAAACGCUGUCCGACUUGCAGCUCAUCAGCAACGAUCACACUUUUAAGGUUCAUAGCGCAAUUCUAAGCAUCAGCCCCUAUUUCAAGCCGAUAUUCAAUCAGUCUGAUUGGCGUCACUGCCUGAUUUUUCUGUCCGAAUAUGCUCUCGAGACGGUGCAAGCCUUUGUAGAUCUAGUCUACUACGGAGAAGUUGUCUACCACGGCGGAGUUCAGGACUUCAAAUCCGUGAUGAGAGGUCUUAUCGACUUUUCUCUGCUGCCGAUCAAUGCUGUCGAACAACUACAGCCGGUCACCAAAGACCAAGAGGUUUUGGAACCAAAGCUACCGCCUGAGAAACCUCCUCAGGAAACACCAAGAGAAGCAACUGGGGACAGUGCCAAAAUGCUGACGUAUCCAUGCGAUAUUUGUCCCAACGUGUUUUACAGCAGAAAGCGACUCAAGGCCCACAUAUUGAGUGAACACCCCCAGACAAAAUUUAAGUGUAGCCAAUGCGGAUUGUUCUUUGAAUCGCAAACUGAACUUAAAACCCACGUGAAAGAACUAGACCAUAGGAUCGUCGGCAGCAGCCUCUAUUUUUGUAGCAUUUGCAGCAAAUCGUUUACUAUGUCCAGCUCGCUUCGAAAUCACUUGAAAGUGCACGACUCAAGCCACCCUUCUUUUGAAUGUGACGUCUGCCACAAAACCUGCUCUAGGAAGGACUACUUGGAAGAGCACAUGCGGACGCAUACAGGGAAAAAACCAUUCAAAUGCUCCACGUGUGGAAAGAGGUUUGUUGGCAAAACUGGACUAAACCACCACAGGAAAAUCCACGGGCCGCCAAGGAAAGAGUCUGUCUGUGAAAUUUGCGGGAAAGAGUUCACCAGGAAAGCAUUAUGGACGCACAUGAAAAUCCACGACAAGCAACUCAAAUGUUCAGUCUGCGGUCAGCUGUUUGCCACCAGCGGAACUCUGAAGAACCACAUGACCAGGAAGCACUACGAUGCCAAAAAUCACGUGUGCGAAAUUUGCAAUAGGGCGUUCAGCUUGCGAGGGGAGCUAACCAGACACAAGAAAGUGGUCCAUGAAGACAAGGGGGAUCCUAGUCAGGAGCAUUUGGAGUGCAAGCAAUGCCACAAAAAGUUUUGCAGGAGCAGUUCUUUAAGAUUUCAUGAAAGGAGUCACGAGCAUCAGAGUUCCUGCAAGACGUGUCACAAAUCUUUCACAAGCCCAGAAGCUUUGAAAAUUCACCUAGAGAGCCACAGUAGCGAAAAUAACUUUUCUUGUGAUCAGUGCAAAGUAAACUUUCGUUGCAAAAGUUCUCUCCGAAGACAUAACAACAAAAAGCACAUAGGAGCGAACAAUGAAGAAAUUUCCCCCAUAGUCAGGCAAGAAUCUCAAAAUCGGCAACAUCAGCACCUAGAUCGUUAUGAAAACGACCAGAAACCAAAGGUGCUAAAUCCAGAGCCACCUGAGAUGAACCAACACUACAUCCAGGUCUACAUUUCUCCUAAUGACCAGCAGUUCUAAUAAAUUUUGUGCGCCGACUUAUAUUGCCUUCGUUCUUAUAAAUCUUAUAUGACUACGAAAAAUUGAAAAUAAAAGUUAUUUAUUAGUA